CAGUAAUGUCAAACUGGAUACAAUGUUUUCAAUUUUUUCAAAUGUUUUACUAAAAAUACAUGAACAACCAUAAUAAAAUAUGGAGUUUACGACAUAAAAUACAAUUCUGCUUAAGUUCCUUAGCUGAAACUCCUAAAACAUUACAAAUCCUGGCCCAAAAAAGGACAAUUUGCAAAGGGCCAUGGCGUGAAAAGCUGCGCGCGCCUUAUAUAAAACCGGCCCAGGAGCCCCGCCGCAGUCUCCACGCGACCACCGUGUUGUGUGUACGUCACAAAAUGGCCUCCCUCGCAGUGUUUGAUUUCGAUCGUACUAUAGUCGAUAACGACUCAGAUGCCGUUGUGAUAGAGAAAUUAAGGGAAAAACAGCCUCCGCCAGAAUGGGAGUCUGAAAAUCGCGAUUGGACGCCGUACAUGAGCGAUGUAUUCGAGCACGCCUACUCCGCCGGCAUCCGAGAGUCAGACGUCCUCAGCGCGAUAGCCUCCAUGAAACCGACCCCGGGUUGUAUACACAUGUUAAAAGCUUUACACAAGGCUGGCUGGCAUAUAGUGUUGCUUACAGAUGCUAAUACGGUAUUCGUGCAGCAUUGGUUGUCUACACAUCAAUUAGAGGACUGCAUAACGGCUGUGAUCACCAACCGCGCCUUCUGGGACCAAGGCCGGUUGUACAUCGAGCCCUGUAUGCGGCAGACAGUCUGCUCCCGCUGCCCCACAAACCUGUGCAAGUCACUUGCACUCGCCCAGUGGUGCGCAAGGCAUCAGUACUCUGCUAUAUGCUACGCCGGCGAUGGCAGGAACGAUUAUUGUCCGGCUACUAACUUACCCGCUCAUGCAACCGUGUUCCCCCGCCGCGGCUACCCGCUGGACGACUUAAUAAAGAAAACCCUCACCUCUUCGACCCCCCACAUAAAGGCCAAAGUGGUGCCUUGGGACAGCUGUGAUACCAUCCUGGAGGAACUAAUCCAGGCUUAGGAUAGUUUAGUAUACGAAAUAUAGUGCUCUGAUGACGUCCAGGAAAACUCGGUAAUCUUUCUUCCAGAAAUAAAAAUUACGUUAUAAAAGAAGCCAUUUUGAGCAAUUAUAAAUAUGAAUUAAUAAUUAUAGCUUAUAUAAUAAUGGCUUUGUCAAACGAGUCUUUAAUCAAUGUCAAUAUAAAUUAUAUUCUUGUAAUUAGUAAUUCCUUUAAGGAAUAGCGAAUUAUGUGGUUAGAAGACAUUUAAAAAAGUCUGGAGCAGGGAUGUUGCGAAUAUUAAAAUAAUAAUAAUAAUAAUCUUUAUUGCAACUUUAAAUUAUUACUUAACAUUGGUUCCUGGCUAUCAAAGUAGGUUUCCCUGUGUCUCAAGAGCCAGUGCAUGUUGCGAAUAUUCGCAUCAGUAUCCGCAUAAAAUCGAUGCGGAGCUUAAUGCGGAUGCGGAUGUGGAAUAGGUAGGUACAGGAACGUCUUAGCGGCGGCGUAAGUGCUAGGUAAUUUCGUCAUUAGCCAAAAGGAAUCUCGUUUCGUUUUUGUGAUUCGUCGAUCGAGCACUUUAGCCUAUGACGGACAGCGACAAGAAGUGAAAAAUUUUGUUUUAUUUGGACUUUAGUAUAGUAAUGCGAUUGUGGUGCACCUAUAUUCUUGUUCAAAUACUAAAAGUUUCGUUUUUCUUUAAAUAAAAAUUAGUGUAUUUGACGUUUUUUAGGUGCCUAAUCUCGACAUCCGCGUCCGAAUCCGCAUCCGCGGAUGUGAGACUAGAAAUCCGCAUCCGCAUCCGCGGAUGUAAAAAAAUCGGCAUCCGCAAUAUCCCCGGUCUGGAGUCUCAUACGCACAUACUGCCCAUAGGCUAGAUUGUGCACUUAGGCGGGUCUUGCUUAUUUCUUUACAAUCAUUGUAUCACUGUAAAAGAAAAUUUUAUACACAGCGCUGUUUUUAGAUCUGCAUAUGUGGUAUUUCCUAUAAAAAGGGACCUUAUUGUCGAUGGCGCUUACGCCAUUAUAAACGAUGCUCCGAUAUAAAUACAAUGUCGCGCGACGCUGUGCGUCGUAAGCGCCAUCGACAACAAGGUCCCUUUUCAUAGAAAAUGCCCCAUAUUUCAAUCUAGGAAUUAAAUAUUUUAAUGUGGAUACAGGCAACACUAUAUUCAACAUUGACGUUGCAAAAUGUGAAAUAGAAAAAAAUAUAUUUGUAAAUCAUACUUUUUAUAAAUUCUGAAAGAAUCAAUUUUAUUAUUAUUAUUCAAUUAAGUAUUAUUUAAUUUAAACGUCCAUUUUAGAAUGUAAAGAACGAAUAUAAUUUAUUUUUGUUAAUAAUGCUGGUAUACAUUUCAUAUGAGCUGUUGUGAUUAAGUAAAUGUUAUCUACCUCGUA